AUGGCUGGAGCAAGCAACAUUCACACCCAUGGUGCCUCCCGUCGCUGGCAAGCCGCGCUGCAUCUUCUGGCGAGCGAGGUGGCUAGGCCCCCUGAAACGCGAAGUCUGAACCUGGUUCUUGGGGUGCUGGUCAAAGUAGGCCGCUGGCACCAAGCGUGGCAAGUCUUUCUGGAGAUGAAGGCCAAGGUUCAGAUCGAUGCGAUCACAUACAAUACAGCCCUUAGCAGCUGCGUGCAGGGUGCGUGUUGGCAAAGUGCCCUGCAGCUGCUUUCGACUAUGGACAGUUCCGAUGUGCGUGCGAAUGAGAUCAGCAUCAACACAGCCAUCAGUGCCUGUGAGAAGGCGGGGCACUGGUCUGUUGCCAUGCAGCUGCUGGCAGAGAUGCCUCAAGCUGAACUUGACCCAGACACCAUAAGCUACAACGCUUCCAUCAGCGCUUGCGGACGAGGUUUGCGGUGGGACGUGAGCCUGCAGCUACUUUCGGAGAUGUUCAGCAGGCAGCUCCGAGCCAAUACCAUCAGCUACAACUCAGCAAUCAGUGCCACUGAGAAGGCUGGAAAGUGGCAGACGGCUCUCCAGCUGCUUUUAGACAUGCCGUCACAAGCUAUCUUCCCAGACCGCAUAAGUUUCAACUCCGCAAUUAGUGCGUGCGAGAAGGGUGGGCAGUGGACUGUUGCACUGCAGCUGUUGCGUGGCAUGGGGAUUGCAAGUGUAGAUGCCAACCUGGUAAGCUUCAACGCUGCUAUCAGCGCAUGCGAGAAAGCCGGGCAGUGGGACAAGGCAUUGGCAUUGUUGUUUGGGUUGUCAACUGUUGAGCUACUGCCGGAUACCAUCAGCUACAAUGCGGCCAUCAGUGCCUGUGCCACGAGUUCAGAAUGGGAAAUCGCUCUGUCAUUGCUGACGGAAAUGCCUGGGGCCAUGGUUCGUGCAAGUGAAAUCAGCUUCAGUGCAGCAAUCCACGGCUGCGCCUGGAAGGGCUCUGAGCAGUGGCAGAUGGCCUUGCGAUUGCUUUCUCGCAUGGCAGAUGGUCAGUGCAGUGCCAACGAGGUCACGAUCGGUGCCGCAAUAAGUGCAUGUGAGAAGGGGCUGCAGUGGCAGAUCGCACAGCAGCUUCUCAUAGAAAUGCUAGCCCUGUCUGUGCGCAGCAACUACGUCCACAUUGCAGCCACUAUCAGUGCCUCGGAGAAAGGUGAACAAUGGAGACUUGCACUCGAACUGCUUGCUGCGAUGUCUCGAGCACUGCUCCGGCCCAACGAUGUCGGCUUCAACGCUGCCAUCAGCGCCGUGGGUAAAGUGGGUGAGUGGCGGGCGGCUUUGUCUCUUCUGCCUGGCCUUGGCCGCGCACAAGUUGGUGCAGACGAAAUCAGCCACAGUAGCGCCAUAAGUGCUUGUGAGAAAGGCUCGAGGUGGCCACAGGCUCUUCAAGGGCUGUCAGCCAUGUCCCAGUCUCGCUUUGUGCCAAACGAGAUCUGCUUUAACGGAGCCCUCAGUGCCGGUGAGAAGGCCGGUCGCUGGAAGAGCUCUUUGCAACUGCUUUUGCAGAUGGAUCGGACCCGCAUCGGAGCUACUGACAUAUCCUACAAUGCGGCCAUCAGCACUUGUGAAAGGAGGGUCCGGAGACGGUCGGAUGGCUGGCAUGGAGGCAGAUCUGCGAUGGAUUAUCAAAAUUAG